AAUCGUAUCGCGCAUUGCACAUAAGGUUGCAACGACUCGGCCUUUGGAGACUUUGGUUGCUGUUUAUUGUCAGUCAACUGCGUUAUAAUACGUAUCAGGCACAACUGUCACGAUAACCUCAAACUACGAAAGAUCCAUACCACCAGACUCAACCAUGAAUUUCGGAUCUGACAACUACGCAGGUGCGCAUCCCGCCAUUGCUGCCAGCCUGGCGAAACACGCAGCAGGAUAUGCCACUCCAUACAGCAUGUCAGACCUUGAUUUUGCAGUGCAGCGCCGCUUUAGUGCCAUCUUCGAGCGUGACGUUGCCGUCUUCUACGUCGCAACUGGCACUGCAGCGAAUUCGCUAUCACUCGCAUCUGUCGCAAAGCCUGGCGGGAUGGUUCUUGCCCAUGAAGAAGCCCACAUCGUCGUCGAUGAGUGUGGCGCACCUGAAUAUCUAUCAGGCCAGCUCCGGAUCGUACCGGUCAAGGGCCGCGAUGGAAAGAUGGAAUUGUCCGAGCUGCGUCGGCAGGCUGAACGCAUCGCGGGUCUUGAUGUCCACGGAGGACGUCUCAACGCCAUCUCGGUGACGCAGCCGACUGAAACUGGAACUGUUCACUCGCUUGAAGAACUAGACGCAAUUGGCAAAAUCGCCAAAGAGCACAAAGUUCCUCUUCACAUGGACGGGGCGCGGUUUGCCAACGGCCUCGUUUCCCUCGGCUGCAGUCCAGCGGAGAUGACUUGGAAGAGAGGAGUCGACCUUCUCUCCUUUGGCGGCACGAAGAACGGAUGCUGGUGUGCCGAAGCCGUUGUGAUUUUCGACGUUGAGAAGGCACGCGAGUUCGCAUUCAUCCAGAAGCGUGCUGCACAGCUAUUCUCCAAGUCGCGACUUGUCUCUGCGCAGUUCGAAGCAUACUUGGAAAACGGACUCUGGCUCGAAAUCGCCCGACAUUCGAAUAGAAUGGCGGCUGACUUAGCCGACGCAUUCGGUCGGUCAAUUUCAUCACGCCUUAUAAGACAACCCCCCUGCAACGAAGUCUUUGUGAUAUUGAAGAAGAAUAUGAUUGCCGUGCUUGAGUCUGAAGGCGUGGUUCUCUUGAACUGGCCAGCAUCGGGAGAGGUGGAAAUUUGUGAUGACGAGCAGCUUUGCCGUUUUGUGACGAGCUUUGAGACGACAUCCGAGGAUAUCAAUCGCUUCAGGAGCCUAAUUAUCUAGCUACCGUUUAGAUUGCAAUUAGGAAGAUAGACCUGUCUACUUAGCCAAAGUUGAAAUAUAUCAUC